AUGCCGAGCCAAAGCAAGGCUGUGUUCGGUGUCGGGACCUGGACCUCAUGCUACUCCGCCGAUAUGAAUCUGGUCCCUUCCGACACGUAUAAGAACAUCCAGAGCGCCAAAGCUCACUAG